AUGGAUUCUUACCCCCCAUUCACAGAAUUCCCCCACAUUCUCCCUAUCUCAACGGUCCCAUCCCAGCCCUACGACGUCUAUGAUCCUUCUCUACCAUCCGAUCAUCCAUUUGUGACGCGUGCUGAGCAGUUCCAAUUUCGUUUGACUUCUCCAUUUGACCAGCCCAAGCCUCACGAUGCAUCGUCGGCUACACAACCCUGGUGGAAGGACGAGGGCCCAGCAGUCAGCCUGAGUUAUAUCGCCCCCGAGUAUCCAGUCUCUGCGGAUCGCUUCUCGCCAUGGAACAGUGAGAUUUCUACGAUUUCAGACCCCCAAAGUCCGCGGAGUAGUCAUGGCGGGAGUAUCCCGGGCAUGAAUUGUAUCGCAUCCCCGCAUUACUACCAUGAUGAACUUCCUAUGACCAAGGUCGAGGAGCAGACCAGCUAUCCUGCUCCUAAUACUUUGGUCGACCUUGAUCACACUUCAUUCCUCUCCAAACCCGGUGUUUUCGAAGUUCAGCCCGACCAUCGCUCCUCCUUUGAAACGGACUUGGACCCCUGGUCCGGAAGUCAGUCAGACCGAAACGGGACGCCUGAACAGCAAUGGUCUUCUCCACUUCCAACCGAGGUGGUUGCAUCAUUCCCUCAACCUGAAAAACGGGCCAAAGCACGUCCAGCCACCAAAUCUCGUGUACGCAAGGCGGGUGAAACCAAAUCAUCAUCUACAACAGCUCGCAGUGGUCGUCGCCGAGCUAUAACUAGUACUAAUACCGGAGAAAAUGGGGUAUCCCGGAUGUUCGUCUGUAGCUUUGCACCAUACGGAUGCGAAAGCACCUUCGUCUCGAAAAACGAGUGGAAACGGCAUGUCACUUCUCAGCACCUUCAACUAGGCUUUUAUCGCUGCGAUGUGGGCAAAUGCAGUAGCACCAAUAGCCACACCAACACAUCAACCAACACAUAUCUCACACCCGCCAAAUCCUCCAGAUCCUGCAAUCCCAGCCCGCCUCCCAGCCAACCCAAUGACUUCAACCGCAAAGAUCUCUUUACUCAGCACCAACGCCGCAUGCACGCACCCUGGCUUCAAGCAGGUCGUCGCCGCACGCCAACAGACACCGAACACGCCGCUUUCGAGACAGGUCUAGAAGAAGUCCGGCGGCGAUGCUGGCACGGUCUACGCACUCUACCCCAGCAAAGCCACUGCGGGUUCUGCCGAGAGGUCUUUUCCGGGGAAGGCAGCUGGGAUGUACGAAUGGAGCAUGUCGGGCGCCACUUCGAGCGCGAUGACCGACAGGAGCUAGGCCAUGAGGAAGAGGAUGUGGCAUUACGGGAGUGGGGGCUUCGUGAGGGGAUUCUGAGUAUUGUGGACGGAGGACGUUGCCGGUUAGCGUCGUUGGUGGGGGAAUAA